AUGAUUGGCGUUUGUCUCCUUUACGAGGCCGUAGGAGUUGGAAUCCAACUCAAUUUGAUGGACGGUUUCUGGGGAGGGCAUGGUGUUCGAGCUUUUCAGUGCAGCGAGUGCCAGAAGAGCUUUUCACGCAACUCCGAUCUGCAGAAACACAUCGACGCGGUACAUAAGGGGCUGCGGCCCUACGAGUGCGCCACCUGUCAGAAGCGCUUCUCACAGAAAUCCAGUCUCAAGCGCCAUCGCGAGGCUGUCCACGAAGGAAUUAAGGCCUUUCAAUGCAGCCAUUGUUCGGCGAGAUUCUCCUACGACGUCCAUUUGAAGCGCCACAUUAGAGCCAAGCACAAAGCGGUGUCGAGCACCGCCACCUCUGCCGCUGCACCCUCGGAGGGAGUCUCCUCCAGCAGUCUACCCUCCAGUCCCGUCUUCCAGCCCACCUCUCUGCGUCAGGCCUCCAUUUGA